AUAUCGGCCCUAUUUUCAAAGCGGACUAGUAUCUGUCAAUAACAAGCGCUUCCGUGCAGUGAUGCUGCCUAAACAAUAACCCCUCAUUUGCAACAUUUAACUAGUAACUAGGCGUGCAUGUCGUAGUUAUGCGGGUCAGACAACUUCUCAACAUUUAGUUUCCAGUGAAGUUCACCUUUGUUUGCGUGUCGACAAUGCUAAUGGAGAGAUUCGAAGGCUACCUCUUCACUGCUCUGUGCAGCACCAACUUCCUCGUCUCCUGCCUGAUCUUCUCCAAAAUCACCCGGGAGCAGAGAGAGCCGUACAUGGACGAGCUGUUCCAUGUGCCCCAAGCUCAAAAGUACUGCCAUGGGAGAUUCAACGAGUGGGACCCGAUGAUCACCACCCUGCCAGGACUCUACCUGGUCUCCGUGGGCAUCAUCAAGCCCUUGGUGCGUCUCGCCGACCUGCCGGGUGACGUGUUGUGUUCCACCGCCAUGCUGCGCUUCAUCAACCUCCUCUUCAACGGCGGCAUCCUCUACCUGCUCUACCGCCUGGUCUGCAGGCUGCACCCCAAGGAGAAGACGCGGCCGGCCGCUCGCCGCAUCCUCUCGGCGUUGUCGCUCUCCACCUUCCCCGUGCUCUACUUCUUCAACUUCCUGUACUACACGGACGCCGGCUCCACGUUCUUCGUGCUCUUCGCCUACCUCAUGACUCUGCACGGCUGCCACAAGGCGUCGGCGCUCCUGGGCGUCGGCGCCAUCUUUUUCCGCCAGACCAACAUCGUGUGGGUGGCGUUCUGCGCCGGCACCCUGGUGGCGCCCCUGAUGGACGAGGCGUGGCGGGCGGCGCACGCCAAGAAGACGGACGACAGGUCCUCGCAGGUGCCGCUGUCUCCGAGCGGCGCCAAGCGAGUCCUGCUUUUCACGGCGGACUUCCUGACCUCGGGCGGUCACGUGAAGGCGGUGCUGUGCGUGGCGUGGCCGUACGCGCUGGUCGCCGUGGCGUUCCUGGUCUUCAUGUGGCUGAACGACGGCGUGGUGGUGGGCGACCGCGCGAGCCACCAGGCUUGCCUCAACGUCCCUCAGCUCUUCUACUUCCUGGCUUUCUCGCUCUUCUUCUCCUCGCCCGUCUCGCUGUGUUACGAGCGAGCGCUUCGCUUCCUGCAGGCGCUGAAAAGGCGGCCGCUCCUCUUCCUCGCCAUCGCCGUCGCGUCCUCGCUGCUGGUGUGGAAGUUGACGGCGGUGCACCGCUACCUCCUGGCAGACAACCGCCACUUCACCUUCUACGUGUGGCGACGCCUCUUCCAGAAGCACGAGCUGGCGCGCUUCCUCUUCGUGCCCGCCUACGUCUUCGCCGGCUGGAACUUCCUGGAUUCGCUGAAGUCGCGCUCGCUCUUCUGGACCUCGGCGUUCCUGGCGUGCGUGGUGGCCGCCACCGUGCCGCAGAAGCUCCUGGAGUUCCGCUACUUCAUCGUGCCGUACCUGAUGUACCGUCUGCACAUGCCCAUGCCCUCGCUGCCCCGACUGGCGCUGGAGUUCCUGCUGUACUCGGCCGUCAACGCCGCCGCCGUUUACGUCUUCGUCGCCAAGACCUUCCGCUGGCCGGACAGCGGCGCCACCCAGAGGUUCAUGUGGUGAACGCAGCGGGAAGAUUUGGGACCUUGUAUCUUUUGUGGUAUUAGGACCACCAAAUGUGAAGCAGCUUUUUUUUUGUUUUUACAAAGUGUUAUUUUUUUGAAAAAGACCUAUUUUUCCCCUGACUUAAAAUGUGUUGGCUGGACUUCACUUUUUAUUCCAAAUCCUUUUUCUUUCACGUUAACUCGUCAAUGUUCCUUUUUUAGUUUGUUUCUUUGUCGUAAAUAUGCUGCUUAUGGAUCUCCUAUCAAUACAGCAAUA